UGUAUUAAUAUGCUCCACUUUCAUCUCUCCGUCCAUCUUCAACCUUCUCCAUCUCUUAUCAAACCUAACUUUACCAAAUCAAUCAAUGGCUUCUGCAACCUCUCUCAAGACCUUUUCUUCCCUCAAGCUCUUCAAUCCUAGAUCCUCCCAUAACCAAUCCCUCCUAGCUCUCAAUCUCUCUCAGAAAUACUCUUUUUCUUCUCAAAACCUCAAACUCAAACAUUUCUCACCCUCUAGAUCAAGCUCCAAGAACAUCUCCACUACAGCUUUCUUCUUCAACAAAUCAAACCCCCAGCGCGAUCCUCCUACUCCCACUAAAGUUCAAGAAUUGUUUGUCUAUGAAAUCAACGAACGAGAUCGAGGAAGCCCAGCAGUUUUAAAACUAAGUAAAAAAGAAGUGAGCGCACUAGGUGAUCUUGUCCCAUUCACCAACAAGCUUUACAGCGGAGACUUACAAAAGCGUUUAGGCGUCACCGCAGGCUUAUGUGUGUUGAUCCAACACGUGCCGGAGAAAAAGGGUGAUCGUUACGAAGCCAUUUACAGCUUCUACUUCGGGGACUACGGCCACAUCUCAGUUCAAGGACCUUAUUUGACUUAUGAAGACACCUACUUGGCGGUGACUGGUGGGUCUGGAAUUUUUGAGGGUGUUUAUGGACAAGUAAAAUUGCAGCAGCUUGUGUUUCCUUUUAAGUUGUUUUAUACUUUUUACUUGAAGGGUAUUCCUGAUUUGCCUAAUGAGCUUCUAGGAACUCCGGUGGAGCCGUCGCCCGCUGUUGAGCCGGCUCCAGCGGCCAAGGCUACGGAGCCUCAGGCUACUAUUCCUAACUUCACCACCUAAAGCUCAUGAGGCUCAUAGAUAACAUAAAUAAGGUAGCGAAUAGUUGGGGAAGCCAUUGUGUUUAUGUAGUUAAUUUCUAGUUUUCUUUUGCAAAGCCGAUGUAUGAGUUUAGCUAUUCGUCGGAGGACUUUUUGUAUCAGAUUUGUGCAAGUUAGAUCCAAUGUAUUUUAAGUAUGUUGUAUGUCUUUUAUUUCAAAAGAAGAAUUGAUUCUCUUGGAUCAAAA